AAUGUGAUUAAAUAGUGCGUUUAGCUUUUCAUCUUUAUAAGAUACAUUUAAAAGUUUCUAUAAACAGCUACGUUUAAUACUUUGUAUUGGUUUUGGUUCUAAUUUCUUUUUAAAAUUCAGAAUGCAGGUUUUAAAAUGGCUGACGUUUAUUGUCAUCUUCUCCGUUUCAUUAUCUUUUUCAACUGAGUCAUAUGAAUCAACAUAUGAAGAUUCAUCAAAAUCAGACAGUAAUUUUGAUUAUCAAUCAACUACCGAGGAUUCAAUUGCUGAAACCACUUUUGAUUAUCGAUGGACUGUUGAGGACUCAACUUUAGAAAGUGAUUUUGAUUACUUGUCAAUUUUUAAAAAUUCAGUCCCAGAAGGUUCUUUUGAUUACGAAGUUGUUUUGAAAGAUUCAGGUCUAGAAAAUGAAAAAUUUGGAUCAUAUAUCAAAAAUUUACUUUACCCACCCGAUGACCGCAACUGUCCUCUCCAUGAGCAUUGGGAAUAUUGCACUGGACUCUGCCAAAGAAAUUGUUCUAAUUGGAGCAAGGCUUUAAUUUGUCCUGAUAUCUGUGUCCAAGGAUGUUUGUGUGACUGGGGCUUUACACGAGGACCGGAAGGCAAUUGCAUUCCAGUUAGUGAAUGUCCUCCCAUUGAAGAUGAAGAACCUAUGAAAAUUAAUGUUCAAUAUAAAUGCAGAAGAAAUGAGCACUUCUCUCCUUGUGAGGGCCAUGAAGAAUGUCAGAAAAAUUGUUCAAAUUAUGACAAGGAAAUCUCUUGCGAUUCAACUUGUGAACCUGGUUGUGUUUGCGAUGAAGGAUUUGUUAGAGGAAGGUCUGGAAAAUGUGUACCAGUUGAACAGUGUAGAAUCCCAUCUGUUGAAUUCGCUAUUCAAUCAAAGAAUAAAUUGUCUAGAGUCUGCCGAAGUAAUGAACACUUUUCCUCAUGUAAUGGUCUACCAUUGUGUCAAAAAAGUUGUUCAAAUUACAAAGAACACAUUAUUUGUCCUCUUAUAUGUGUACCGGGUUGUGUCUGCGAUGAAGGACAUGUAAUUGGCCCCUCUGGAGAAUGCAUCCCCUUAGAACGAUGCCCACUUGAGAAGAAGUCUUUUUCAGUACAAGUAUCAGAAGAAUGCUCCCUAAGCGAAUAUUACGACACUUGUGGUACUGCUUGUCCUCGAAGUUGCUUAAAUUAUCAAGAACCAUUUCCAGUAUGCACUGAUGAGUGUGUGCCUGGUUGCUUCUGUCUUCCUGGUUACGUGAGGGGAGCAGACGGAAGCUGUAUACUACCUGCUGAUUGCUCAGAUUCGUCCUAUGAUGAAUCAAAGCAAUCAAAAUUACGAAUAAUCAAUUUGUUUUUUGAAAAUGCCAACCAAGAAUUUUCUGAUACAUCUUCAACAGUUUCAGAAGAUCUUAUUUUUACCGAAUCUCCUUCUGAAGAUAAAUGUCCAGACGAACCAUCAUGUAACAGACAAUGCAAGGUCUCUGGGCAUAGAUAUGGUAUGUGUAUAGGUAUUAAAGAAGAACAUUGUGUUUGUUUUGAAUGAAGAUUGACUUUCAGUUCGAUUCUUACUAUAAUAAUUAUUUUUUUGAAUUUAUAGUUGUAAUAAAAUAUAAAAAAAAUUCUUUAGUUAAAAUAUAAAAAUA